AUGGGUGCCAACACCAGCCAGGUGGGUGACCUGGCAGAGAGUCAGAGCAUCCGCACUCUGAUUGGUCCCGAGCCCAUUUCGGAGAACGAGCCCUUCUGGAACCAGCUCAUCUCGUUCACCUUCACCAGCCCCUCCUGCAGUGCUGACGCAAAGCUCUUGGAAGAGGCGGUCAUCCCCCUCGCCAAAACUUUAAUCAAGAACAAUCCUAGAUCGGGGAACUUCGGCGCUUUGCUGAGAGUGUUCCUGGGAAGAACCAAAGAGCUGAAGAUCUCGACCGAAUGCCAAGAUCAGCUGUUCAUCUGGCAGGCCCAUAAUGCCCUGUUCCUGGUGCGCUGCUUACUCAAAGUCUUCAUCAGAGAGAUGAGUGAGGAAGAGCUGCACUUACAGCUCACCUACCACACGAGGGAGCCAGGAUCCUGCGACAUGAGCAGUGAGGAUCUAAUAGAGGAACUGAUCUGUAACUUGGUUCAUCUCAUCGUGGAGGUGCCUCUCCUGGACAUCACUUACAACAUCCUGUUCGAGGCAGUGACCACCCUGCUGGUUCUGUUGUCCUAUCAGCUGUUCCACAAGGACAUUCUGAGGGAGGGGCGUAUCUAUCAGUGCCUCACCAGGGGGCGAUGUCUGAAUCUGACGAGUCGCUUGGUGAAGACUCUGCUGUAUAACUUCGUGCGGCAGGAGAAAUGUCCUCCAACUGCAGCCCACAUCUUCCAGCCACAGGCAGGUCUGCUGUACGGCCUGGCCUCGGGGGUGGCCAGUGGGCUAUGGAGCGUGUUUACGUUGGGAGGAGCCAGCAGCAAGCCUGGGGUGGAGCAGGAACACAACCCAUUACCGCUGUCCAAUCAGAGCCUGUUAUUACUGCUCGUCCUGGCCAACCUGACAGACGGCGCCGACUGGCCGAACCCUUACAGACAAGCCAUCACCUGCUUCAAAAACACACAAGAUACGUCCUCUAUCCCAUCUCCGCAGCCUCACGCGUUUCAGAUCAACUUCAACAGCCUGUACACGGCGCUGUGUGAGCAGCAGAGGUCGGACCAGGUGACACUUCUGCUCUACACGCUGCUGCACCAGAACCCCAACAUGAAGAACUACAUGCUGUCCAGAACCGACAUGGAGAAUCUGGUGAUACCAAUUCUGGAGAUCCUCUAUCAUGUCGAGGACAGAAACUCCCACCAUGUUUACAUGGCCCUCAUCAUCCUCCUCAUCCUCACCGAGGACGACACGUUCAACCGCUCCAUACACGAAGUGACGCUGAAGAACAUAAGCUGGUACACGGAGCGGGCUUUAACAGAGAUUUCACUCGGCAGUCUGUUAAUCCUCGUAGUGAUUCGCACCAUCCAGUUCAACAUGACCCGCACCCGGGAUAAAUACCUGCACACAAACUGCUUAGCGGCUCUGGCCAACAUGUCUGCCCAAUUCCGCUGCCUCCACCAGUACGCUGCCCAGCGCAUCAUCAGUCUGUUUGCGCUGCUGUCUCGGAAGCACAAUAAGGUGUUGGAGCGAGCCACACAGUCUCUGCAGAGGCCGCUGGGAGCAGAUGGCACGGCACUGCCGGAUUACGCACAGGACCUCAAUGUGAUCGAGGAGGUGAUCCGCAUGCUGCUGGAGAUCAUAAACUCCUGUCUGUGUAAUUCACUGCAUCACAACCCCAACCUUGUGUACGCUGUGCUCUACAAGAGGGAGCUGUUCGAGCAGUUCCGCUCACACCCUUCCUUCCAGGACAUCAUGCAGAACCUAGACACGGUUAUCGGAUUCUUCAGUCAACGGUUGGAGCAGGCAGGAAGCGACCUUUCGGUUGAAAGAGUACAAGAGGUCAUCAAGAAAGGAGCUGCAGCCCUGCCUAAAGACCGCCUGAAGAAGUUUCCGGAGCUGAAAUUCAAGUACGUCGAGGAAGACCAGCCUGAGGAUUUCUUCAUCCCUUACGUGUGGUCUUUAGUCUUUAACUCCGGAGUGGGUCUGUAUUGGAACUCUCAAGGCGUUGAGCUUUUUAGCAUGGACUCUGCUUGAGAGAGAGACAGAAAGCCUGGUGAGUGUGUACGUGUGUGUAUGUCAUGUUUUUGACAGUUUAAGGAAGGCUGGGGGGAAAAGGGUUGGUUUGGGAAAGUUGAUCGCAGUUUAAAGGUCCGUUAUGAGAUUCGGACACGCACGUCUUCGGCGUCGUGACUUCCUGGCUCACUUCCUCGUUAUCGGACUCCCGGGCUUCCAUUAUCUACAGCGUCUCCACUCGUCGACGAUGAGGCACUGAGGGCACGUCAAUCAAAACACUGCUUCGUUACUGGACAAAGAGUCACAUGGGUGCGGCUGCACUGAAUUCUGGGAAUUUGGGAAUGGUACAUUUCUGCUGUGAAGCACGCUAUAGCACGUUUAUUACUGCUUCUUUUUUUUUUAAAUCUCAUUUUGUUUUUUGGGCACUGAUUAUAAUGUGAUGUUUAGUUUUUGUUUCUCAGUGGGUCAUGUACAACAGGUCAGGACUGAUGUGGGAAUAAAUAACACGACAGGUUCGGUCCUUAUUUCUAAACAAGACAGUAAAAAGAAAUCUUUUCUUGGGCCGUUUCUGGAUUUCAGGCAGCGGUUUAGCUUUAAUCGCUCGUAUCAUCAGUCGCCCUCGUUUGCUUGUUUUGUUUGUUUAAAAGAUUUAUUUAUUUAUCGUUUGCAUUAUUUUUCCCUGAAAUCUUCUGCAUCACAGUAUAAGCCUUUUUUUUUUUUUUUUUUUUUUUAUAAUAACAGCAGUGCUUUUCAGACUGAAAUCUUCCUUCUGUAAAACAAGUACAGAUAAGAAAUAUUUUAGAUACUUAUCAAUUCUAUGAAACACACUCUAUCUAAUGUGUAAUUGCAUUUGUGUAUUUAUAUAUUGCGUAGAUAAAUCCAUAAAUAAAUGCAUGGACAUGAAACACAUACAAACAGCAUGUUUGCGACACCAAAAGUUAUCCUUUCUUUUUUGUUGUUGUUGUCGUAUGCUUUUUCUUUUCCUCACGUCUUUCCUGUUUCGUCACACUUUUCCUGUACAACACGUGCUUUACAGUCUCCAUGAGGUUUUCUGUUACUAUUUCAGCACCUUGUGGCUCCAUACAUAUUGUUACACCGCAUAAAAAUGUUUUUUGUCCGUUUUUCUGACAUUCGACGUUGUGUUCUUGCGUCUCGUCUCAUAUAGCGGCGUCAGCAGUAUUUCACAUAAGAACUGAGUUGAUCUUGUUAUUAAAAUAUACACACAGAAGUAACAGGGCUGUUAUUGAAUUUGCAAUCACCACAAUCUCUUUAUUUUCUAUAUUCAAUUUCAUGUGUUAACAGUUGGGGUUUUUUUUUUUGUUUUUUUCGUUUGACCUUUUUGCUCAAAGAACGAAUUCAGUUCUAGUCAUCACUUCAUUGUGAAAUCGUCCGCUGCCCUACGAAUUCUGGGAUGCUUAUUUAGAAAAACGUUUUUGAGAGGUUUACUUAAGCGAUUUUUGUCACAAGAAAUGUGACUCAUGGAUGAACUGAAGCUGCAGAAUGUUACUACACACUCAGGUAACAAAACAGAUAAAUUAAUAAUAAUAAUAAUAAUGAUGAUGAUAAAUGUAUCAUAAUCACAGUCACGGUCCUUUCAUUCUGUCUUCUUUCUGUUCUCCGCUAUAUAAAUUACAACCAAUAAACGCAAAAGUUCCUAUUGUAAAAA